ACCAUCCCCCAAAUCAUGGUUUCUUCCUUAUCGCUGUCCCACCACUCUCCUUUAGGUGCCUUCUUGUUCUUCUCGCUUUUCUUGGUGGACACCACUUUAUUUUAUGGUGCAGGCGUUUUUGCGUCAUCCACUUCUUCUUUCACUGUCAAAGUGAUUGAGAAUAAGGAUGAAGCAGAAGCUCUCUUGAAUUGGAAAUCUGCUCUUGACAACCAUAGCCAAUCUCUCCUCUCUUCAUGGCACGGCAACAGUCCUUGCGGCUUUACUGGUGUCUCUUGCAACGACUACGGAGUCGUCGCCCAUCUAAAUCUUUCCUAUCUUGGUUUGAGAGGUACUCUGGACGGCCUUGACUUCUCCCGCUUAACCAAUGUGGUUAGCUUGGAACUUGGCAACAACUCGAUCUAUGGCUCCAUACCCUCAAGUGUCGGUAACCUUUCCAAACUCAACUCUCUUGACCUUUGUGGCAAUGAACUGUCCGGGGACAUUCCUCCAAGUAUUGGUAUGCUAGAGAGUCUUCAUUCUUUGUCCCUAUGUGCAAACAACCUGAGUGGUCACAUCCUUCAGGAGAUCGGACGGUUGGAUUCUCUUUUGAAACUUGAUCUUUCCAUAAACGCUCUCACCGGUUCUAUCCCUGCUUCACUAGGGAACUUGAGCAGCCUUAAUUAUCUUUAUCUGUGGAAAAAUCAACUUUCAGGAUUCAUUCCUAUUUCUCUUGGAAAAUUAGGCAAUUUAAUCGAAUUCGACAUUUCGCAGAAUAACAUUUCUGGUUCAAUUCCGAGAGAGAUAAGUGACUUGAGGAAUUUGAAGGCUCUUUGAUUAUGGCAAAAUGGAUUUUCAGGACCCAUACCCUCAGAAAUCGGAAAGCUCACUUCCCUUGUUGAACUUGACCUAUCAUCCAACAAUCUCACUGGCUCAAUACCUCCUUCUGUUGGAAACUUGACAAGUUUAUCUAUUCUUAACCUCUUCCAACAUAAUUUGAUCG